AUGUUCAAGCGCAAGCCCGACAUCAGAAACCUGGCACCCUUGCGCUCAUCAGAUCGCCGAAAACUCGCCGACCAAAUUAUCCGCGACUACCAAGUCCCCCUCCCUGAGCAAUCCGACGACUCGUCAUCGAGCUCACAGUCGACAUUGCGCAACUCACUUUUGCCAGAUUCUACAUCAUCUGCGCGCUUUCUCACACCAACCGAGCAGGGAACCGUGUACAUCGGUGCUCACCCAGAUCAAGAUGAGCGCGUUCUCUGGUUCCAGACGGGCAAGAACCCCCGCUUGAUACCGACUGUCUACACGCUGUGGCGCAACCCUAAUCUCAUUCCUCUUCUACAUACGCCCGACUUCGUUGUUGAGGAGAAGCUGAAGCAUGGCGCUGAUUUGAUGGUCCCUGGUUUGGUGAAGGCUAAGAGCUCCGCCUGGGACAAGCGAGCGACCACAGGUGCUGUCGUGGCUGUCGCGGGCCUUGACAAUGACACUGUCCCUGUUUGGGUUGGAACCUGUCAGAUCGAUGUACGCAAUCUACCUGACGACUUGAGAGGGCAGAAGGGUGCCGCGAUCAAGGCUCUUCAUUGGGCUGGAGACGAGUGCUGGAACUGGAAGUCCCUUGGCAGUGGAGGUAUUGAACCACCUUCUAGUCUGGAAGGAUGGCACGGCCUUGGUGCUGGGCUAGCAGCUCAACUUGGCAAGCUAUCUCUGGAAGAUAACACCCAAGCAGCGGAGCCAUCAUCGAACGCCCAGCCCGAGGAGACACAAGCAGCAGACGAGGUCGAUGAGGACCAAGAACCGACAACACAAGAAAUCGACAACGCUUUCCACCAAGCUUUCCUCUUUGCAUGCCACAAGGCAAAGGAAUCCGGCAGUUCACCUCACUAUGGGCUGAACUUCCCACUCCAACCCUCAUUCAUCAUCGCGAACAUGAUCCAGCCCAAUCUCCGAUCACAGAGCCGGCAUUACAACAUCAAGAAGACAUCCUGGAAGAACGCGAAGAAGUUCAUUAAGGAACUGCACAAGCAGAAACUUGUACUGUCGAAGGACCGAAACGGUGGUGAGACAGUCAUUCUCGAUAUCGACUUUGACGAUGCCCAGAUCAACGGCUUCAGACCAUAUCGACUCCCGACACCAAAGCCUACCGCCGCUGAUUCUGGCCCUUCCAAUGAAGGGGCUGGACAAUCAACAAGCAGUGGCGCGUCUUCGGGGAAGAUCAACGUCCAAAUGGUCUACCGUCCAGCAUCGAAGCUUGUACCCACUCUCCUCCCGUCUAAAACCGAUUUCUACAGCGCGCACGAAAUCUCAGCAGCGUUGAAGUCAUACAUCGACCAACACCCCGAGCUGGGCGGUCAAGGAAACUCCAGCGUCAAGCUCGACCCAUUCAUCGCCAAUGAGAUUCUCGGCAACAGACCAACCGACGAUGAUCGGAGCUGGCUUGCAUCAGGCCGCAUCACUAGAAGCGCCCUCCAAAAACGAGUCCUCGAGGACACUCACCUCUGUCAGCCAUUCCACCUCAUCUCACAGGGUCGCCCUUCACCGGAUCAAAAGCCCAAAGCUGGAUCACCACCUCGAAUUCUCAUUACAAUUGAGAAACGAACCGGGACCAAGGUCGUCACCAAAAUCUCCAACCUGGAGCCAUUCUUUAUCGACUCUCAAGUCCUGGCGCCUGAGCUACAGAAGAAGUGUGCGGGGUCCGCGAGCGUGGGUCAAGUCGCUGGCGCCAAGCCUGGAUCAAUGGAAGUUGUCGUGCAAGGUGACCAGCGAAAGAUUUUCACCAGCGAUAUUCUUGGCAAGAGGGGUAUCGACAUGAAGUGGGUGGACAUUGUGGACAAGACGAAGCCUAAGAAGAAGAAGUAA